AUGUCGGUGUGUGUGUGUGUGUGUGUGUGUGUGUGUGUGUGUAUCUGACAACUUGGAGGUUAGUUCAUGCCCAUAGUCAUCCAUUUGUCUGAUUGUUAGUUGGUUUAUGCUGCGAGCAGUGUGUGGAGACUCUGGGGUGAGGACAGCAGCAGGAAGCAGUGAAGGAGCAGUGACCUUAGCAGACAUCAGGCAGGAAGGUGAAGGUGCAGAUAUCCUCCCUCUCUUCCCCCAGCAGGAUGCUUCCUUUUUGUGCAGUGGCAGGCCAGUUUGGCCCUGAGGUGCGGGAGCCGGGGCUGUGGGGCUGGAGGGUGGAGAAGAUGAAGGCAGUGCAGCUAGAACAGGGCCAGCUGGGAGUCUUCUACACGGGGGACGCAUACCUCAUCCUCAGUAACCGCGGCAGCAGCGGGGCAGAGCUGCACAUGUGGAUGGGUGAGAAGUCGUCACGGGACGAGCAGUGCGCAUGUGCCAUGCUGGCCACGCAGCUGGACCGUUUCCUGGAGGGAGAGCCAGUCCAGCACAGACAGGUCCAGGGCUACGAGUCCCCUGAGUUCAUGAACCUGUUCCCUGGAGGAGUCAGCUAUAAGGAAGGAGGUAUAGAGUCUGGCUUUAGGAAGUCCCGGUCCAACUCCGGCCCAGUGCGCCGCCUAUACCAGAUUAAAGGCAAAAAAAAUGUGCGAGUGCGAGAGGUGGAGCUAAGUUGGAGCAGCUUCAGCCGGGGAGACUGCUACAUCCUGGACCUGGGGGAGACUAUCAUCUCGUGGAGUGGCUCCAAAGCAAACAUGUUUGAGAGGCAGAAGGUGCAUGAGAUUGCUGCUCUGAUCCGUGACACAGAGAGGAACGGCAAAGCUGCCAUCAGUGAUGUCACCGAGGGGGAGGAAACACUGGAAAUGAUACAGGUACUUGGGCCAAUGUCAGCCCUAAAAGACAGUUCCAUAGAGGAAGACAACAAGGCAGACAUGUCUAACUCUGCCACCCUCUACAAGGUGUCGAAUGCAACCGGCUACAUGACGUUAACACAGCUAUGUGAUAAGGCUCCAUUUGACCAACAGAUGUUGGAACGAGAUGACUGCUUCAUCCUAGAUAAUGGCUCUAAUGGCAAAAUCUUCAUCUGGAAAGGAAAUGGAGCCAAUGCAGAGGAGAAGAGGGUAGCCCUAAAGGUGGCAGAUGAGUUUAUUCAAGAGAUGAACUACUCUAGAAUGAAAACUCAGGUUGAGAUUCUUCCUCAAGGCCGUGAAUCCAUACUCUUCAAGCAGUUUUUCAAGAGCUGGAGUUAAUUGCUCACACAAAUCAAACACAGACACACACAGCCUUCUGCUUCUCUCAUCUUGACUGCUUUCUGUGGUCUGCACCACCUGUGGUCUGAGCAGUCAGCUACAUUAUACUAAAGGAGAAUUGAAAUAAUUCCAGAUUUGAAUUGUUUUCAUAAAAUGCUUUUACUUGUGCUUUAUGCUUGUACUUAAAGUUUUGAUAAGAUGCAGUUGUGCAGCAGCAGUACAAAUCAGUCAAUAAAUAAAUGGCA